UCUACAGACAGCUGUAGCAAAGUGAACUUCCGUUAAGUGGGGAAAAUAGCCCAAAAUUUGAACCACAAUUUUCAUAACUUGCGAAAACGUGCGCUUACGUCGGUUUGCGUGUGAGAGAGUGUGUGUGGUGAAUUCUCCCACAUACCCCCCUGCAACCGCCCACCACUCUCGGUUCGGUCAGCGCGCAAAACGUAAAUUUCACUGCAAAUAAAUUGCUUUGCUCUUAUCUCGAGGCGCGCGCGCUCGCAUCAUGAGUAUGAGUGUGUGUUUAUGUGUGUGUGCGAGGGAAUGUUGUUAAUUAAUUUACAAAAGUCGGUCCUGCUGCUCCCCUCAGUGCAAUAUCCCCCGUAUCUACUAUAUAUGUGUUGUUGGUCCAAUAACAGAUAAAACGUUGAGAAACGAAGGGCACCCCAAUCGAAAGUGUGACCUUACAACAAUAACAACAUAACUACCGUUGCAGUUGGAUUGCAUUCGGGGCAGCCGCCCAACCACCCGACCUCUCCUCCCCAAGCUUCUGGCUUAGAAAACGAAAGUAAAGUUAUUUUUCAUGUACAAAGUAAACAGUCUCUCUGAGUACGCCAAGAGAGAGGAAAACGGAAAGAGCACGGAAACCAGAGAGCGCCAGAGAGGGAGGGGACUUGAACACUUGGCCUUGAACUUGUGCGGACGUUAUACAAUCGUGCCACAGUCACGGGACACAGACAGCGACAGCGCCAGCGACACGGGAAAACCUCAGGUGGAAACGACAGACGAGACGCGUCAAUUGUCAUAAUGUGCGUACAAUAAAAGGGGGGAAAAACGGAGGAGCGCAACGAGCCGUCUAUCUCGUGGAUGCAAGGCCCUGGAAUGGCCCAUCUGUGUAAUGUGUAAUCUGCGAUCGAAAGCGAAGGAAAACUGCAGGCACAGUUGACUGCCGUGCAAUCCGCAUCCUGCUCAUCCUCCCAUCCAGUGAAAAUAUCUUUUGUACCUGUUGUUGGUCCUCGGCUGUCGCCAAAGCCUGAAGGCAGAUACUUCUUCCGCUAAGCUACCUGAAAACAAUUUAUAGGGAAACGUAAUUAUAUAAAAAUAUAUAGACCACAUAAAUAUAUAUAUAUAUAUACAAGAAGAUUGUGCCGUUUUGACAAACCGUCCACUUAUACAACAAUAACAAGGAAAACAAGUAGGGAACCCCCCUAUACAUAUGCAGGAUAAUAUACAUAUGUGUGGAUACAAUACAUGUUAAAUAUGCCCCAAGUCUGCCACAACAGCAACAGCAACAACAGCAACAGCAACAGCUACGCAAAGAAGUGGAACCUAAAGAAUAAUUAACGAGAAUUUACCUGACACCAGAAAAGAGGGGAACGAAACCAAGGAUUCGCCUAACGGAACACACUGGGGAGACACCAGCCACCAGCCACCAUCCGCCAUCAUCAUUAUCCUAAUAAUCGGAGGAGCGACAAGAGGAUAGGAUAGGAAAACCGUUGCCAUGGGUCGCAAAAAAAUCCAGAUAUCACGCAUCACCGAUGAACGCAAUCGGCAGGUGACCUUCAACAAGCGGAAGUUCGGCGUCAUGAAGAAGGCCUACGAGCUGUCGGUGCUCUGCGACUGCGAGAUAGCGCUGAUCAUCUUCUCGUCCAGCAACAAGCUCUACCAAUACGCCAGCACGGACAUGGACAGGGUGCUCCUCAAGUACACGGAAUACAACGAGCCGCACGAGUCGCUGACCAACAAGAACAUCAUUGAGAAGGAGAACAAGAACGGCGUCAUGUCCCCGGACUCGCCCGAGGCCGAGACAGACUACACGCUAACACCACGAACAGAGGCCAAGUACAACAAGAUCGACGAGGAGUUCCAGAACAUGAUGCAGCGCAACCAGAUGGCCAUCGGAGUGACCGGGGCGCCGCGGCAGCUCCCGAACAGCAGCUACACGUUGCCCGUGUCGGUGCCAGUGCCGGGCUCCUACGGUGAGAACCUGCUGCAGGCCAGCCCACAAAUGUCCCACACCAACAUCAGCCCCCGUCCAUCCAGCUCGGAGACGGAUUCAGGUGGGAUGUCCUUGAUAAUAUAUCCAUCGGGUUCCAUGCUGGAGAUGUCGAACGGCUAUCCGCAUUCCCAUUCGCCGCUUGUGGGAUCGCCCAGUCCAGGCCCCAGUCCUGGCAUAGCCCAUCACUUGCCCAUCAAACAGCAGUCGCCGGGCAGCCAGAAUGGACGGGCUGCCAACCUACGGGUGGUCAUACCGCCCACCAUAGCCACCAUACCGCCCAACAUGUCUGCGCCCGAGGAUGUGGCCUAUACAGAUAUCCCUCCGUGCUCUCCUUUCCAGCAACGACAGAGCCAAACAUCACUAAACACGCCCGUGGUGACGCUGCAGACUCCGAUACCCGCCCUCACGAGCUACUCCUUCGGGGCGCAGGACUUCUCUUCCUCCGGCGUCAUCGGCAGUGCGGAUAUCAUGAGCCUGCCCACAUGGCACCAGGGUCUGGUGCAGCACUCUAGUCUCUCGCACCUGGCAGUCUCGAAUAGCACACCGCCGCCCGCCACCUCACCCGUCUCCAUUAAGGUCAAGGCCGAGCCGCAGUCGCCGCCGCGUGAUCUCUCCGCCAGCGGCCAUCAGCAGAACAGCAACGGAUCGACGGGCAGCGGCGGCUCCAGCAGCAGCACGAGCAGCAAUGCCUCGGCCGGCGGCGGGGGAGCAGGCUCCUCUGCCGCCAAUGCCGGCAAUGUCAUCACGCACUUGAACAACGCCAGUAUCCUGGGAGGCGGUGGUCCCCCAGGAGGAGGCGGUGGCGGUAGCAACGGGAACGCGGAGCAGGCCACCAAUCUGAGCGUCCUGGGCCACUCGCAGCAGCACCUGGUCAUGCCCAACUCGAGGCCGUCGUCGACCGGUCACCUAACGCCCACACCAGGGCAUGAUAAGUAUGAAGGAUAUCAGUACCGCCUGCUAAUGGGCCACAAUCCUAGAUGGAAUUCUGCCGGUGCGCCCAGCAGCGAGCAGGAUGUGCGUCUGGCCGCCGUCGCAGUGCAGCAGCAGCAGCAGCACCAACAGCAACAGCAACAACAGCACCAGCAACACCAGCAACAACAGCAGCAGCUGGGGGACUACGAUGCACCCAACCACAAACGUCCCAGAAUAUCGGGUGGAUGGGGUACAUAGCCGGCACGUGCAGGCGAUAGCAGCAGCCACUACAAGCAGCAACACAACAGUAACGGAACCGGCGGCGGCGGCGGCGGAGGAAGCCACAAGAAGCAAGAGGUCCACCCCAACAUCAGCGACAUCGACGAUCUGGCCAUGAUGCCGCCGCCGCCGCGUAAGGAUGUGGCUACCGUCCGGAGUUCGUUCAGCAUGGCUGGUUCUGGCUAUGACUGCUAUGGCCAACAGCAGCUGGCGGUGGCCUAUGGAACGCAGCAACACCAAUAGCAGGAGGAGGGGAAGGAGAAGGAGCAGCAGCAGCAGCAGCAGCAGCAACAAUAGUUGCAACAACAGUGCAAUAGUUCAGAGAAAAUUAAACUGGAAAUUGUGGAAGA